GGAGAAUCAGAGGUGCGAUGUCAAAGGAGCUGCGAUACGCAUUGGCACGGUAAUAACUGCAGUAUUACGACUACAUGAGCAGUUUAAUGUCGAACCUUUCUGAGCUACACCCAGGAUACGACUGUAUAUUUCAUUCCCAUCGCGUUUAUCAGCUUGCCGUUUUCCACCGCAUAUAACUAAACUUGCUGAAAGUUACAUGGCGUAGGAUCCCGCCCUCCUGGUAUACGAAGCCCUUAGCUUAAAUAUUCCCGUAUGCUCCCGUCUGCAGUAGUCCACAUCGCUACUUACCCUACCGCUUGCCCAAUGUAUUGAGCUCUAACUUGUUGCCUGACGGCGGAAGCUUCGACGGUUGAACAUGGCUUCCGACUACUCACUUGAACUAUGGGACGUGCGUGGUCUUCCGUCCAGCUACAACCGUUUAGUGUUGGAGGUCAUCGUGCGGACACCGCGGUUGCUGAGCACAGUGCGGCGCAAGCACUCCACCUCAGGCUUCCAAGCGGAUGCGGCACGCGGCGUUACCAUUAGUUGGUCUCAAGCGAAGGCCGCCAAGGCAUCCUUUCGCCUAAGGGUUGUACCAGGCAACGCUGCGGCGGCGGCCGACUCAGUGACAACAGCAGCGGCGCCGUCCGCGGUUUCGGAGGGACUCCUGAAGGCGUGUAAGAGCCGCGAAGUGCCGCUGCUGCUCGGAGCGCAGGGGUUGCAAGCCGCGCAGCUACAGCUGCAGCUGCAAACAGACCCCGGAGGGUCGGGCGGAGCUGCUGCAGCGGCAGGUGGCGGAGGCGGUGGCGGCCGUGCCGACACUGGGUGCCUCGUAGCGGAGGUUGAGUUUGUGGUACGGAGCAAAGCUGACGGCGGCGAUGGCAACCCCGCUGCUGCCGCCGCCGCCGCCCCGGCGUCAGCGGCCAUGCCUGCGGCCGCGAACAACGCCGCCUCCAACCCUAACUCCACCAGCACCGGCGCCGGAGGCGACUCCGCUGCUGCAGGCGGCUCCCCGCUAGCCACACUGCGGUCGUCCUCCCUGCAUGCAUGGGGCGAGCAGGCCGCUGCCGCAGCACAGCCGGAGACCGCACCGUCAGCCGCCGGCACUGCCGCCGCCACGGCAGCUCCUACGGCACGCAAGCGGUCGUGGCUGCUGGCGCUCGGGCUGGUCCGCCAUGCUGGCGGUGGCGGGGCCGGGUCAGCGGAGCAUGCAACUGAUGCCGGCGGCGGCAACUGCGCACUGGCGCGGUGUUCCUCGGAGCGCACUCUCCGAGGUGACGGCAGCGGCAUGGUGGUUGCGCCCCGAGCGCGGAGCCGAACCGUUGGAGGUGCGUUGUUUCCCCUGGCUGCGUCAGCGGCCGCGUCGCCGUCGACGGCGGCGUUGGGUGCGGGUCCAGGGCUGCUGUGCCCCUCUCCGGACGGCAGCUGCGAGGACCGACCCUGGGUCGGCCCCGGCGGCGACCAGCACCCACAGCCGCCAUCGCAGGACCUGCAGGAGCAGCAGCGGCAGCGACAGCAGCAGCAGACGCGCUGGGGCGGUCUCCGCACCCGGUUACCCAAUGCGACGUCGUCAGGCGGUGGCGGCGUCAGCGCGCAAGCGGCGGCCGGAGCUCCGGAGGCAACGGCGGCGUCGGCCGCGGCAGAGGUCGCAGCAGGGCCGCCUGCGCCUGUGCCGCCGCAACCAACGGCUGCGGCAGCGGCGGCAGCGCUGGCAGCGGGACGUCCUUCUCAGCAAGCCUUGCCAUCGUUACCGAGCGAGUCGCCGGAGCCGCAGCCUCCCAAGCGCCGGCGCCUGGGGGACUUCCUCGCGCGGCUCUUCGGUCCCAGCUCGGCCAGCGGGCACUCCCACUCACGGCGCGGCGGCGCCGUCCUUGCGGCGGCAAGCUCGGACCUACCGCACCCCGCCGCGACCGGAAUCGCGCCCAUGUCAGCUGCCGGCAGCCCCAGUCCCUCUGCCGCCCUGCCCGCACCUCUGCCAGCUGGCAGCAGUGCCGUACACCCUCACCCUCUCCAUCACCCUUCGGAGCCGCAACACCCGACUAACAUGCGGCGUCCCGCCAGCCCGCCAGGCCUCGCCCCACUAGUACCGCCGCAGCCGCAGCUGGGGGACGUCUACCGCAUCCCUGACGGCAACUACGCGUCUGAAGGAGGCGUCCAGGUGGGCUUCGGGGCCACGCUUGAUGGCUCCGGCAGCCUUCCUCAACCCAUAGUCCUUCCCGGACUGGAUUCCCCGGGUGCCGGCGACACGUCUCCCGCCGCCGGCCCGGACCGCCUGACUGUCGAGCCCCCCGUGGAGGACAUGGCGGCGGCUAGCCUGGCGAGCCCGAUGGCGGCGUCGCCGUCGCCGUCGGCGGCGGGAUGCUUGUCUUGGUGGUACGGCAGCUCGACGCGUGUACGGGCGAUGCCGCCGCCGCCAGCGGAAGCUACGGUGGUGUCUUUAACGACGGCGGAUGUGCUGGACGUUGAACUCAGCGGGGGCGCUGGUUGCGGUGCCGUACAAGCGGUACACGGGAAGUGCAACGGCUUGGUGUCGGCACCUCCGGCGGCGGCGGCGAACAAUGGCGGCGGCGGCGGCUUUUUUGAUACCUCGUCCACUGUACCCAUGUGCAUUGCCACUUUCUCUUCAGGCGCCGCUGCGCAGACGGCGGCAGCGGCCAUGGUGUCGAGAGGCCCGGGACAAGAGCAGGGGGCAGCGGGGGCGGAUGCGCAAGCGGCGGCGGGGGCUGCUGUUCCGAGCCCUCUGGAGGCGGAGAUAGGCCGUGUCGAGGCGUUUGUGAACGCUCAGAAGGAGAUCGCGGACGAGCUGCGAGCCUCGUCGCUCAGCCAGUGCCAGUUUCUGCUGGACUGCCUGAAGAGCUCCGACCUGUGCUGGCUGGUCGGCGACAGCCUGCUCCAGCUCAAGCUGCAGCUGGGCUUCCCAUUCGACGCGGGCAGCCCCAUGCCUGACGCCCCCGACUGGUUCCGGCUGGUGCUCCAGCCGCUGCAGCCGCAUAUGCAGCUGGCGGCAGCGGCGGCAUCAGCACCGGCCACAGGAGGGCAGCUGCAGCCUCCUUCUUCGCCGCCUUCGCAGCAGCAGCAGCAGGAGCAGGAACAGCUGCUUGCAUCUUGCUCAGCUGUGACAGGCGGCGGCGUUGAGAUCGUGGACAAGGGCACGGCCACGCUGGCAACGGCAUCCGCCGGUGCGGUGACCCACGGGUCGGGACCCCAGCCAUCCGUGACGCAUCCUCCUCACUGCUGCCCGCCUGAGGUUCUGAAGGUACGCUGGGCGCCGAUUGAUCAGAGACAGGCCGGCGGUGCUAACGCAUGCGCCGCAAUUGUCCUGGAGGUGGCGGCAUGGUGCCUUUCUGCCGUGCAGCGUUGGCACGCCGCUAGCAGCGGCGCCUCCUCCGCCUCCGCCGUAGCAACCGCCGCUGGUGUCAUAGACCUCUGCCAAAGCAACAGCAUUGACAGCGAGGGCUGCAGCAUCGUGGGUGUUAAGGAGCUCCCGAUCGGCCCCUCGGUAUCACGAACCCCUCGACGAAUGCCUCCGCACCUACCCUCCGUGGUUGCGUCGGCGGCGCCAGCAGUAGCAGCAGCACCAACGGCAGUGAGAGCAGCGGCGGCGGCGUCGGUUUCGGAGCUAGACGCCAUGACAGGCGCCGCCCUGGAGCAAUGCAUCCGCGCGGGUACCGCGGUGUGGCAGGGGCUGCUGGCGCAAUCCGAGGCCGCCCGCGUGGCUUCCAGCACGGGGGAUUUUGACUUGGAGCACAUGCUGCAGCUGGGCGGCUACAGCUGCAAGCUGAGGCUGGCGGAGUAUGCAGCGGCGUCGCUGUUGGAGGGGGGUACAGGGGCCGGCGGCUGCGGUCUUGCCGACGCUGCAGCUGCUGCUGCCGGUUGCCGGCCCAGCAGUGCAGAGGUGCCUGCAGGGGCGGCCGCAUCUGGUGGGGCAUCGUUAGGUGGAAAGGAUGGUGGCAGCGGUGCGCAGCAGCCUCCCCUGAGCCUGCUGUUCCCAUGUCUCCCAGUCGAGGGACAAAGGCAGCAACACCCGCUGCCGCCGGUACCACCAGCGGUGCCGCCGUUAGCCCUGCAGCAGCACCACCCCUCUCAGCAGCCGCUGUUAUCGCCGCGUGCUGAGGCGCUAGGGGAGAGCAUGGAGACCGAGAACCAACGGUCAUCCCUCCAACUGCAGCAACAGCAGCAACAACAGCAACCGGCUCUGACGGUUGGCGCGGCCGUACGACGGAGCAUCCGCCGUUGCUCCUCAGCAGGCGGCGUGCCCGCGUUCUCCUCCCUCGUGAGCUGCUUGGACCAGGGCGUGUACGUGCUGGGCUGGCGCGGCCACUUCGCCACCCUCUGGCUCCGCCCCGGCGGCCGGGUGCACCUGAUCGACUCCCUGGGCGCCCGCCUGUCCGCCGACUGCCCGCUGGCAUUCGUGCUGGAGUUCCCCGGCCGCCCCGAGUUCCUGUCCUUCUUCUUGUCGCGACACCGGGCGCGGCGGGAUGCUGCGGCUGCGGACGACAUCGCGGGGGGCAACUUGGCGGCGCUGGUGGAGGUGCACCGCUUGGAGCUGCGGGCGCUGGGGUAGAGUGGUGGUGCGGGGGAAGGGG